GUUUCUUAAGACACCUACUUUGAUAGAGUCAGUAAGUUUUUAACCAUGAAGUAAAAGUGCACAAUGCUAAAAAGUAUACAAACAAAUCCACCAAAGUAGCAAAUUCCAUGUUCUUCUCCAAAAACAAAAAAAUCUCUCCACACUCCAAGAUUCCACCUUCAUUAUUAUACUCAUACUCUCUACUCUUCUCUCUCUCACUACUCUCUUCAAAUGGAGCUUGCUCAUUGCACUUCAUUUUCUCUAUCUUCCUCUCCCAAAUUCUUCAAUCCCCGUAAGCUUCAUUCCUCAAAUUUCACCCGCAUUUCCCCUCAUUUUUCUUCAAUCUCAACUGGGUAUCACCUCUUUUCAAGAACCAAACGAUCAAUGGUGAAGUCUAGAGAAACAAGUGCUGAAGUAGCUGAUACCGCAGUUAUUGAUAAACCCUCUGAAACGCAGCGUUUUGAGAUCUCUGAGGGUUAUCCUGCACCGUUUGGUGCCACUCCUGUUGAUGGAGGAGUUAAUUUUGCUAUCUUUUCUGGGCAUUCUGUUUCCGCUACUCUUUGCUUGAUCACACUUUCUGACUUGCAGCAGAAUAAAAUAACCGAGGAAAUUUCCCUUGAUCCAUUGAUCAACAAGACUGGAGAUAUAUGGCAUGUGUUUUUGAAAGGAGACUUUGAAAAUAUGCUAUAUGGUUAUAAAUUUGAGGGUUCAUUCUCUCCAGAAGAAGGACACUACUAUGACCCUUCUCUUAUAAUAUUGGAUCCGUACGCAAAAGCAGUUAUCAGCAGAGGGAACUAUGGUGAGUUAGGACCUGAAGAUAGUUGUUGGCCUCAAAUGGCUGGCAUGAUUCCAUCGCCGAAGGAUGAGUUUGAUUGGCAAGGAGAUCUUCCUCUUAAGCUCCCACAAAGUGAACUUAUAAUUUAUGAAAUGCAUGUCCGUGGCUUUACAAUGCAUGAAUCCAGCAGGAUUAAAUGCCCAGGUACUUACCUUGGCAUGAUAGAGAAACUUGACCACUUGAAGGAACUUGGAAUUAAUUGCAUAGAGUUGAUGCCAUGUCAUGAAUUCAAUGAGCUAGAAUAUUAUAGCUACAAUUCUGCUAUGGGUGAUUACAAGAUGAACUUUUGGGGUUAUUCAACUAUCAAUUAUUUUUCACCCAUGAUAAGAUAUGCAUCUUCUGGAAUCAGCAAUUGUGGUCGUGAUGCCAUAAAUGAGUUCAAACUUCUUGUUAGAGAAGCACAUAAAAGGGGUAUUGAGGUGAUCAUGGACGUUGUCUUCAACCACACGGCUGAAGGAAAUCAGAAAGGCCCUAUUUUGUCUUUCAGAGGAAUCGAUAAUUCUGUUUUCUAUAUGCUUGCACCCAAGGGUGAAUUUUAUAAUUAUUCUGGCUGUGGAAACACUUUCAAUUGCAACCAUCCUAUUGUGCGCCAGUUCAUUGUGGACUGCUUAAGGUAUUGGGUCACAGAAAUGCAUGUGGAUGGUUUUCGCUUUGAUUUGGCUUCUAUAUUAACUAGGGGAAGCAGCCUCUGGAAUUCUAUUAAUGUUUAUGGAAGUGCUACAGAAGGAGAUUUGCUUACAACUGGCACGCCUUUAAGCAGCCCUCCAUUGCUUGACAUGAUCAGUAAUGACCCUGUACUGGGUAGAGUUAAGCUUGUUGCUGAAGCAUGGGAUUGUGGAGGGCUUUAUCAAGUUGGCGGUUUUCCUCACUGGGGCAUUUGGUCGGAAUGGAAUGGAAAGUAUCGUGAUAUGGUACGGCUGUUUAUCAAAGGAACGGAUGGAUUUGCUGGUGCGUUUGCUGAAUGCCUUUGUGGUAGCCCAAAUCUGUACAAGGAGGGAGGGAGGAGACCAUGGCAUAGUAUCAACUUUGUCUGUGCACAUGAUGGUUUUACCUUGGCUGACUUGGUGACAUACAAUGAAAAACAUAAUUUGGCAAAUGGGGAAAACAAUAUGGAUGGGGAAAAUCACAAUAACAGCUGGAACUGUGGACAGGAGGGUGAAUUUGCCAGCAUUUCCGUGAAAAGAUUAAGGAGGCGGCAGAUGCGGAAUUUCUUCCUUUGCCUCAUGGUUUCUCAGGGUGUCCCUAUGAUCUACAUGGGUGAUGAAUACGGUCAUACAAAAGGAGGAAACAACAACUCAUAUUGCCAUGAUAACUAUAUAAAUUAUUUCCAAUGGGAUAAGAAGGAGGCCGCGGCUUCUGAUUUCUUUAGAUUCUGUCGUCUGAUGACCAAGUUCCGCAGGGAAUCUGAGUCACUUGGUUUGAGUCAAUUCCCAACAUCUGAGAGACUGCAAUGGCAUGGUCAUGUUCCUGGCCGUCCGGAUUGGUCUGAGACGAGCCGUUUUGUGGCAUUUACUUUGAGAGACCUGGUAAAGGGAGAAAUAUACAUUGCGUUCAAUACCAGUCAUUUACCCGUCACUGUAACUUUGCCUGAUCGUCCUGGUUACCGAUGGGAGCUUCUGGUAGACACAAGCAAGCCUGCACCAUUCGACUUUAUGUCCGAUGACGUCCCAGAAAGAGAGACAGCCACCAAACAGUUCCAGCAUUUCCUCGAUGCCAAUUUGUAUCCGAUGCUAAGUUAUUCUUCCGUUAUUAUGUUGUUGAAGCCCGACAUGGACCAAAAUGCAUAGUUCAAGUGUUAUAAAACUCCACUACCCAUACAUAAUUACAUAGUGUACUUUUUCCAGCAUCUGUAAAUAGGAUAGAUCUUGUAGUAGUAUAUAUAGAGAAGCAAAUAAAGCCUUUUGUCUCAUAAAAUUGGCUGCAAUACUAGUAUUGUAAGAGAGGAAGAGUGUGCUGGAUUAUAAUUACUUUAAUCAUUCCGUGGUUCUAGGUUUAUUUAACAAGAUCUUGUCCACGCGAUAAAUAUUUCAUCUUCAUCCCUUUCGAUGAUAAUGAAAGUUUGAUUAUGAGUUAAUUUUUAUGUUUCCUUUU